GGGGGGGACUGCAUGUCAUUCUAAAAUUAUUUAUAGGCGGAUUCAGUUGAAAAGAUAAUUUAUAAUUUGCCUAAUAAUUUCUAUACGGAGUCCAGUUGGGGCCGCUCUGCACAGCCGUGCCUGUGUCGCAUGGGUGCACUGAGAUAACGUGUUAUCUUCGUCAGUCUUUUAGGGGCGGACGGUUCGACACGAAGCUCUCGGUUACCUAGAAACCGGAUAACUAAACACCACGCGUGACUGUGCAAGAACCGAGCAGGUUACGCAGGACGAACGCCUCGAUUCCGCUCGAUCGGAUGCUUGAGUCCGAUUCAUGUCCUGGCAUCAUCUGUCGUGGGCUAAACCCGUCAGCCAACGACGAACGUAACCACUCAUACCGCGAGAAAGCCCGAGAACAUGGAAGCAAGACAACAAAAAUAAAUUUGUGCUCAACAAGCCACAGAGCAUGAUGGCGGCGUCGUUGCUGCGCCGGGACAAGAAAGCCACCGCCGCCCACUUGAAAGCAGACUUGAGUCGGGCCGACAAUAGCCCUGGGGUCCGGCAACUUCGGGAGCUGCUCGACUCUGUGCUAAAUCCCGAAAAACCAGCGACGGACACCGAGGCCCUGGACUGGUGUAAAUGUCUAAUCGCGGGCGGCGAAGGUUUCGACGAGUUCUGCAAAACCGUCCGGUCGUACGACAACGCGACCCUGUGCGGCUUGGUCUGGACGGCGAAUUUCGUGGCGUAUCGAUGCAGGGCCUGCGGCAUCUCCCCGUGCAUGUCUCUGUGUGCCGAGUGCUUCAAUAACGGAGACCACACGGGCCAUGAUUUCAACAUGUUCCGGAGCCAGGCGGGUGGGGCCUGUGACUGUGGAGACGCUAAUGUCAUGCGAGAGAGUGGGUUUUGCAGACGGCAUCGGUUGAGAACAGGGGAGAAUGUGCCCUCAAUACCUCGAGACCUUCUCUUGAUGUCAGAGAUGGUUUUGCCUCACUUUAUCCUCUGCAUUAUACAGUAUCUGAGAGAUGGAUACAUUGAACCAGACACAUCAACUGAGCGAGAUCUGCAGAAGGUCCUGCAGCAGCUGGAGCCUCAGAUCUCCUUCCUGGAGGAGCUCACAAAGAUGGGAGGGGCGAUGAGGACUGUACUGACAAAGAUCUUGACCAAUCAGCAAACAUUCAAGGAGUUGAGCAUGGGCCAAGAGGAGAAUUUGUAUGCUCAAAAGAACUAUGACAAGUAUUUGUCAGCCUUGCAGAAUUCGGGUCUGGUGUCUGUGGAGGACAAAGCCCAAGGGGCUACUGCUGAUGUCCCCGUUGGUGCUGAAGGAGGUGCAGGAGCAAUGGUCCUAUUGGGAACCCCUGCACCAGAGAGCCCAGACGAGUCUAGUAAAGAGGAAGACCAAGAUGCAGGGCAGUCUGUUGGACAGAGGAAGAGGGUGAAGCUGAGCAGCAGUACCAAAGACUCGUGUAUUAUUGAAUCUCUGAAGCACAAAUGCUUUCUAGAGGAGUUGCUGUUUUGGACAAUAAAAUACGAGUUUCCUCAGAAGAUGGUCACUUUCCUACUAAACAUGUUGCCAGAUCAAGAUUACAAGAUCACAUUUACAAAAACAUUUGUCCAACAUUACGCAUUCAUCAUGAAAACACUGAUGAAAAGCCACGAGUCAGAUACCAUGUCCAACCGCAUUGUUCAUAUUAGUGUGCAGCUGUUCAGCAACGAGGAGCUUGCUCGACAUGUGACCGAGGAGUGUCAGUUGCUGGACAUCAUGGUCACAGUCCUUCUCUACAUGAUGGAGAGUUGCCUUAUUAAAAGUGAACUUCAGGAUGAAGAGAACAGUCGCCAUGUCGUGGUAAACUGCAGUGAAGCUCUGUUGAAGAACAACACCUACUGGCCAUUAGUUAGUGAUUUUAUUAACAUCCUCUCACACCAAAGUGUUGCAAAAAAGUUCCUCGAGGACCAUUCGUUGUUGAUGCUGUGGAUGAGCUUUGUGUCAUUUUUCCAAGGUAUGAACCUGAAUAAGAGGGAGUUGAAUGAACAUGUGGAAUUUGAAUCUCAGACCUACUAUGCAGCAUUUGCAGCAGAGCUCGAGGCCUGUGCACAACCAAUGUGGGGUCUCUUGACCCACUGCAAGGUCAAAGAGACCCAGGAAUACAGUAAAACCGUGGUUCGCUACUGCCUGGAGACUCUGCAGAUCUGGUUCGAUGCCAUUGGCUUUAUUGACGAGCCUGCUCCAAAUCAAGUGACAUUUCACCUGCCGCUGCACCGGUACUAUGCAAUGUUCCUCAGCAAGGCUGUAAAGUGCCAAGGCCUAGACCUCGACAGCCUCCUGCCUGACCAAGAAAUGCUGAUGAAGAUAAUGGUGCAUCCACUCCAAAUCCAGGCAUCCCUGUCAGAGAUCCAUAGUAACAUGUGGGUCAGGAAUGGUCUGCAGAUCAAGGGACAGGCUAUGACCUACGUGCAGUCACACUUCUGCAACUCCAUGAUCGACCCAGACAUCUACCUGCUCCAGGUUUGUGCAUCAAGGCUCGAUCCUGACUACUUCAUCUCAAGUGUUUUUGAGAGGUUUAAAGUGGUUGACCUGUUGACGAUGGCAUCUCAGCAUCAGAACGCCGUGUUGGACUCUGAGCAAGAGAGGCCGAUGCUUGAAGGAGCACUGACCUUCUUGGUCAUACUGACAAGCCUUCGUGUUCAUUUGGGGAUGACGGAUGAUGAGAUCCUUCGGGGCGAAAUGGUCUCGCAGUUGUGUAUGAAUGACCGUACACACAGCGCGCUGUUAGACCUCAUUCCCGAGAAUCCAAACCCAAAGAGUGGCGUUGUUCCAGGGAGUUGCAGUUUUGAGGAGAUGCUCUCUGCAGUGGCCGACUUCAAAGCGCCAGUGUUUGAGCCUGGAGGUUCCAUGCAGCAGGGCAUGUACACCCCGAAAGCGGAGGUGUGGGAGAAGGAGUUUGACCCCAUCAUGGUCGUCCUCCGGACGGUCUAUCGGCGGGACGUCCAGUCGGCCAUGGACAGAUACUCAGCAUUUUUAAAGCAGUCUGGCAUUCACACCGGCAACCCAUGGCCACCCUACAAGGAGAGGACCGCUCUGCAUCCGUGUUACAAAGGACUAAUCAAGCUGUUGCACUGCAAGACGCUGCACAUUGUGAUAUUCACGCUCCUUUACAAGAUAUGGAUGGAUCAUCCCAACGUGUCGGAGCAUGUGCUGUGCAUGGUUCUGUACCUGAUCGAGCUGGGCUUGGACAACCAGGUUCAAGACAACAAGGAGGAUGAGGAGCCCUGCAUCGAGGAGCACUGCCAUGACAGCUGGUUCCCCGGCACAAACCUGCUCUCCAAUCUGCAUCAUGUCAUCAACUUCGUGAGGGUCCGGGUUCCUGAAACGGCUCCUGAGGUGAAGAGAGAGGCCCCUCCCAGCACCAGCACUGAAGCUUCUUCUUACGGCCAGAACUCCAGGCGUCUUUCAGGGAAUUGGAGAGAGAACUUGCGGGAAGCUCAGGUGUUCAGCCUUGUGGCGGAGCGGAGGAGGAAGUUCCAGGAGAUAAUCAACCGCAGCAACACCGAAGCCGCCCAGGUGGUGCGGCCCAAGAGCUCCUCGACACGCUGGGUCCCGCCCGGCACGCCCCCGCAGCUGGUUACGGAGAUCCUGGAGAUCCGGGAGAGCAUGCUGUCCCUCCUCAUCAAACUCCACCAGAAGCUGUCGUCCAAGCAGAACUCCCUGUCGGCAUCGUGGCUGGAGGAUAUGGACGCGAGCCGGCACGCUCACGGAGACGGCAUCACGGCCAUCGAGCGCAUCCUCACCAAGGCCGCCACGCGCAGCUGCCAAAUCAAGCGUAGCAUCCAGGACAUUUGUGGGAAGGUGUCUCCUCCCGUGCCACCGAAGAAGAACAGUCCGGCCGACAAGAAAACCAUGGAUAAGGAAGAGAGACGUCAGCGAGCAAGGGAGAGACAACAGAAGCUGCUCGCUGAAUUUGCCUCCAGACAGAAGAGUUUCAUGGAAACGGCCAUGGAUGUUGAAUCCCCUGACACCGAGGCAGCCAUGGACCUAGGAGCGUCCGAAGUGAUGGAGUCUGAGGUUCUUUAUGACUGCGUUAUCUGUGGCCAAAGCGGGCCGUCCACCGAGGAUAGACCCACUGGCCUGGUGGUUCUCCUCCAAGCAUCCUCAGUGCUCGGGCACCGCUGCCAAAGCAAAGCGGCAAAGAAGCUACCAACUAGUGACGAAGAGCACAUCUACGCUGCGGACACGUGUGGAGUGGCGCAUGACGUCCGGCUGACACUCAUGCAACGGUUCUUCAAAGAUAGCUCCUGUCUGCAGUCUGUGUCAAUAGGUUGGGACGGAGGCGUCUACGUUCAGACCUGUGGACACACUUUGCAUAUCGAUUGCCACAAGUCAUACAUGGAGUCUCUAAGGAAUGACCAGGUCCUCCAGGGCUUCUCCGUUGACAAGGGUGAGUUCACGUGCCCACUGUGUCGACAGUUUGCCAAUAGUGUUCUUCCCUGUCGCCCCGGACGGGGCACCGAGGCCGGGGCCUGGCACACGCCCACCAGCAAGAAGACCUUUGUGCUCGUCAAGGAGGUGGAAGAUCUUCAGGAGAAACUUGGCCCUUUUCCAACAGAAUCCAAUUUGAGUAAAGAGAUGGAGCUGGUUAUUAAAGACGUGAAAAAUACCACCCAGAAGAAAUACAUGGACUAUGGCAAGAACCCUGGCUCCCCCGACAAUGAUUUCCUCUUCAUGUACUCUGUGGCAAGGACCAACCUGGAGUUGGAACUUGUGCACCGGGGAGGAAAUUUGUGUUCCGGAGGUGCCAGUGCGUCCGCCAAACGGUCAUGUCUCAAUCAGCUGUUCCACGUGCUGGCCAUGCACAUGCGUCUGUACAGCAUCGAUUCAGCCUACAACCCCUGGACUAGGCUGACUCAGGUUACACAAGACCGAGAGGCGGACGGCUUGGAUGAAGAGAGACCAGAGGUGCCGAUGCUGUUUCGAGAUGUCCCGUCCCUCCUGAUUAUCUUUGUGCUCACAAUGCCGCAGCCUCUGCGAAAAGAGCACUUUUCCUGCGUGGUGAAGAUGCUCUACAACCUGCAGUUCACCCAAGCUGUGGCUGCCCUCUCAACCAAGUUCAGUCCGGAAGAAAGGCAGGCCUGGAGAGCGUCUGGAGCACUCAAGAAGGAUCUUGAAAACGCCGACUCAUCCUUUGAAGCGCUGCUCAGUCACGUUAUCGAGGAGCUCUCGAAGGACAAGAGUGUCUACAAGGUGAACGCUGAGGAAACAUUGAUGCUGAGCUCCAGUGUGUGGUCUCCACAGUCUAUCGAGUUCAGCCUUCAGCAGCUCUGCCUGCCCUUCCUGCGACUCUCGUGCCUCCUUCAGCACCACCUCUACGGAGACGACCUGACUGGAUGCCUGGAGGAAGAGGAGUUCACAUCCUUGGCGGUGUGUUUGGGCCUCUCGACCUCGGCCCCUUCCGACAUCGUGCACAGUGCCUCGUAUCUGAAUUGGGCGGUUGGCGCCUUUGACUUGGUGACACAGUGGUGUGCUGAGGUCACGGGGCUCUCUCACAUGCAGGCUGACCAGUCAUUGGCCCUGCUUGUCCAGGAGCCUCAGUGGACAGCCCCCCGCCUUCUGCAGCUACCCGACAACUACAAUAUCAUCUUCCAGUACUAUCACAGGAAGGCCUGCAGCGCCUGCAAAAAGGUGCCAAAAGACCCCGCCCUCUGCCUCGUAUGUGGCACCUUCGUCUGUCUCAAAGGCGUCUGCUGCAAACAGCAGGGGGUCUGCGAGUGCGUUUUGCACUCCCAGCAUUGUGGCGCAGCUACAGGCAUCUUUCUACUGAUUAAUGCCUCGGUCAUCAUCAUCAUCCGGGGACAUCGCUUCUGCCUGUGGGGCUCUGUUUACCUCGACGCCCACGGGGAGGAGGACCGCGAUUUACGCCGUGGAAAGCCUCUCUUCUUGUGUGAAGAAAGAUAUCGAGUGUUGGAGCAACAGUGGGGUUCACACACCUUCGAUCACAUCAAUAAGCGUUGGGGGCCCCACUAUAAUGGACUCUAAGAUCUUCCAAUGCCCACUGAAAACAGCAACCUGUGAUGAAGAAAACCUUUUUUUUGUCUUUUUUUUUUUUGUCUGCCUCGAUCAAAAUAUUUGAGAACUCUUAACGUGACAAACACCAGCAUCCCAGUGAGGUUAUUGCUGCCACAGCCUUGGUUUAUUUGACGUUUGGUGUACAAUCAUGCCUAAAGAUUAACACGUGUGUGUUUAAGUGGUUUAUCGUGUGGUUUUCAACAGGGAAAAACAGAAUUCGGUAAGAUCAAAAGGGGAAAGCUCAGUUUUGCCCAGAAAUUGAAUUGGUGUGGGAUAGGGUUUCAAAGCCCUUCAUAUUUAUUAGGGUUAAAAAAAAAAAAACAGUGCUUGAUAUCCCGCAAGGUUUGAUUACUUUUUGCACCAGUUACGAUGACGUUAAUGCAUAUCCCUUUUUAUUUAUCGAAAUGUGCUCUGCUGUGCUGGCAUGGAGUUUCAGGCUCCUGACGAGUGGAGCGAUGUUCUUGCAAUGGAUGCUCAUUAUCUGCUGACAUGUGAGGGCAGGCCGGACAAGUCCACCCAUCAACACACUAGAGUUUUUUUGCAAACCAGCAAAGGCUCUUUUUAUGGGUCAAGUUGCAAUCCAUCCUCAGGAAUUUCUUUUGUUUGCUGUUUAAGAUACGUUUUAGAUAUUUAAAUAAAUGCUGCUGCUCAUUGUUCAAAUCAUUUUAACUUUUGUGAAGAUUUUCUUCCCUUUUUUUUCUUUCUAAGGUUGUGCUUUGAGUUUACAGAAGAUGGCUUGGAAUGUUGACUCACUUUAAUGUUUAAGGAGGCUUAAACAUUAACGCUCACUACAGACAGUCGCGUCCUGCCCCAUCGCAUAGCGCUUUUUGUUUCUUGUUGGUCUUGGAGGAAAAAGCCUCUUAAGGCCAACUCCAAUACGGCUAAAGUUCCAACCCGUCAGCGAGCGGCCGUUUCGUUGUCAUUGCGUCACAAAAAAAAUCCAGGAGUUGAAAGAAUUUAAGUAUUAAACUUUUUUUUUUUUUUAAAGGAAAAAUCAUAGCACGGAAAUAGUGUUCUGCUGAAACUGAUCACUGUGGCAGCAGAACUUCUUCAUGGCUUCUGUUACAAAGAUACAAAACUCUUAU